AGUGGGUGUCUCUGGACCGACCGUGGCUGCUUGAUUCCUUAUAAUGUUUAUUGACAGGCCCAGCAGAGCCACUCGCGUCAGUGCCUGGGGGAGGAAAGGAAUCAAUAGGUCUGCAUGAGAGAUGGCACGUCCCUGCCAGGCUGGAGGUGUGCGAGACAGCUCCCAGACUACCCGGGCAGAAAAUGUACAGAUCCCAAGGCCAGAAGGGACCCACCCGAUCAUCUAGUCCGACCUCCUGCAUCACACAGGCCUGGCACAUCCCCAAAUCAUCCCCGGAGCAGAUCCUUUAGAGCCACACACCCUCUUGGUUUUAAAAAGCAGCCCGAGAGAGUGACAGCAAGUGGCCGGCACUACUCCGGCCUCACUGUCAGCGACGCCACCGACUGCUGCGGAAGAGACCCGGACCCCUGCGGCCCGAGCCGGGGGGAGCCGGAGCCGCGCACCCCCCGGGCAUCUGAGCCCAGGGGCAGUGCGUGGAUUGGUUUCCUCUCCUGGAACCACAGACUCAGAGAAGAUCAGGGCUGGAAGGGACCCCGGGAGGGAUCCAGUCCAACCCCCUGCUCAGCGCAGGACCAGUCCCCCGCUAGACCCAAGGCUGCAGCCGGUCGCGCCGUGCCCGGCCCGGCUCGCAGGGGACUCCCGCAGCCGGCCGCGGGCGGAGCCGGAGCCCCCCACCGGGCGCGGGGAGGCUGCUGGGAGGUGUAGUCCCCCCCGGAAAGGCUGGCCGGGAAGGGGGCAGGACCCUUCCCAGUGAUGCUUUGCUGCCGCGCACGGAGGGAGGCGACGACAAGGGACCUGCUCUGCCCACGGAGCUUCCCCCUUCCUGCGUGGGCGCCCCACGCCCCUGGCUCCGUCCGUCUGCCCUGGCUGCCCCCCGCGCCCGGGGGAAGAGCCGCUCCGGCAGGGACCGAGCCUCCCCGCCCCAGCCCAGGCGAGCAGCGGCAGCCCCGGCCGCCCGGGCUCCGGGGGAGGCGGGCGGCGAGAUGUCCGGCGGGGUCGCCGCUGCCCAGGUGCCAGUGACAUUUGAAGACGUUGCUGUCAGGUUCUCAGCAGAGGAGUGGGAGAUCCUGGAGGGAUGGCAGAAGGAGCUUCAUAAAGAAGUGAUGGAGGAGAAUUACCAGUUGCUGAUCUCGCUAGGUCAGCCAGUUCCCACGCUGGCUCUUCUGGCCCUGACUGCGGAGCGGGAGGCUGCUGGCAGCCAGAUCCGCAGCAUCUCCGGAGAGCGAGAGCUCGCCAGCAAAGGCGGCAGCUCAGAGGGUGAAGAACUGGCCUUUCCCGGGGAUGACCCAGAUGUGGGUGGAUUCUGGGACUCAGGGCAAACAGAAGAGGACGGGUGCCCCACAGGAGAUGAGGAAGGAGAGCGUCAGGGCAGCCUGCAUCUUAGCGCACUGAUGAAGCUGGUGAAGGAAAUCCCAGAAUUUCUCUUUGGGAAUUCAAAGGCCACUGUGGAGCCAGCUGAGGCUGCCGAUAGUGAAGCUGAGAUGGGCUCUGAGAGGGCGUUUGCCGACGUUAAACCAGAAAUAACUCCAGAGAAUCCACCUGCCCUUGGCCUGGAGAACUGUUUGGUGGAAGUAUCUGUCAAUAGACCCAGUAAUGCCGACACACAGAGCAGCUGCGAGUCCACCAGCAGCACAGAAGGGGCUCAGCUUGGGAGGCUGUAUGCAGAAGAAGUGUCUCCAGAGAACAGCCCCCUCCAAGGUCUGCUGAACUGCCUGAAGGAAAUUCCCAUCAACAGACCCCGUCACCCCAACAUGCAGAACCCCAGCGCACAAGGAGACGUGGAACACAAGAGAGUGGGGGUGGAGAUGAAGAGCUUAUGUGCUACGGUUAAAACAGAAGUCACGACAGAGAGUUCCCCCAUCCAGGGGCUGACGGGCUGCCCUGUAAAGAGGCCCAGUUAUCCAAGCACCCCAACCAGCAGGUCGUCUACCAGCAGCGCACAAGGGGGUGUGGAAGACAGGAGGCUGGAGCUGGGGCUUUGGAGAUGUUCUUAUGAAGCGACGGCAGAGAAUAGCCCCCUCCAAGGCCUGCUGAACUGUCUGAAGGAAAUAAUUGUUCACAAGCCCCAUCAUCCCCACCCAUCGCCCUGCCAAUCGGCCAAGGGCCGCACGCGAGGAGACCCAAGGCAGAGGAGGCUGGAGAGCGAGGAUGGGAGCUCGUCUGUAGAAGUGGAAACAGAAGUAACCGCGGAGGAUCCACAGGACCCCGGCUUGGAGAGCUGCCCAUCAGCCAGGCCUGUGAGCAAAGCCAGCCCUCCUCCCGGGCGGUCCAGCCGCUCCCCCACUAGCAGGGCAGAAGGAGAGGCCAGCGGUAGGAUCCUGUUUGGCGAAGAGGUGGCCCUGGAGGACUCCCCGCUGCGCGGCCUGGAGAACUGCCUGAAGGACAUCGCCGUGACCAGCCCCCGUUGCUCCCAGCCACCCGCUAGCCGUUCCUCCAGCCGCGGCGCACAGAGAGCCCCGGGGGAGAGGCCUGGGCGAGAAGCUGGGAGCCUGUCCGCCGAAGAAGCAGCGACAGAGGAUUCCCCCCUGCGUGGCCUGCUGAGUUGUGUGACAGACACAGCCGCACCCUCCCCCCAGCAUCCCAGCCCACCGACCUGCAGGGCCUCGGCCAGCGGCACCGAGUGGGAGACGGAGCCGAGGGGAACGGAGGCCGGGCUCUGGAACUCGUCCCCAGGAGCAGAGAUGACGCCAGGGACCAGCCCCCUCCACGACCUGGCGAACUGCCUGCAGGAAACACCUGUCCGUACAUCCUGGGCUUCCCGAGUGCUGGCCCGCAACGCCGGAGCAGAUGUGUCACCAAAGAGACCUGCCACGGGGAUGGUGCGGAGCUGGUGCGGAGAGGACAUCAGCACGGAGACCUCGCCACUCCAAGGUCUGGAGAACUGCCUGAGGGACAUCCCGGUAAAUAAACACCACUACCCCCACAUGCCAGCCAACAUCGCCUUGACCAGCCCCACGCAGAGGGACAUGGGACAGAGGAGGCCAGGGGCCAGGAACAGGAGAUCACUUGGAGAAGACGUCAGUACAGAGAAUUCACCGCUGCGAGGCCUGGAGAACUGCCUGAAGGACAUUCCUGUACCUAGCCGUAGUCAAUCCAGUACCCCAGUCAGCCACUCCUCUAUGAGCAGCUCACUGGAUCCACAUGGCAGACUGGAGACAGCAGGGUGGCCAGUGAAAACAGAAGCAGGGGCCGUCUCAGAGGUCACGCCACCGCUCCAGGGCCUGGAGAACUGUCUGAAGGACAUACCCGUGACCAGGCCCAGAUGCUCCAGUGAAACUAGUUACUUCGGCCCCAGCAAAGCCCCGGGAGAGGUGGAGCAGAGGAGACCGGUGCUGAGGCCCUGGAGAGCAUGCCCGGCAGCAGCAAGUGCGGAGAGCUCCCCCCUCUACGGACUGACGAACGGCUUGAAGGAAAUACCCGCAGGCCGGCCGCGCUAUGCCAGCACCCUGUCUAGCUACUCUCCCAGCAGCAGUGCCGACGGGGAGAGGGGCCCGUGGGGCGCUGGGCCGGGGACGUGGAGGUGGGGCAAUGAAGAACGGAGCCCCGAGAAUUCCCCUCUCCGAGGCCUGGAGAAGUGCCUGCAGGAGAUCUUGGUGCCCAGGCCCCGGACCCCCAGCUCCCCCACCACAGCUGCUGUGGUGGGCAGCCGGCGAGGAGACACAGCGCAGAGGAGGCCAGAGACGGGGCACUGGGACUGGCACGGUGCAGCUACAGUCAGCACCCAUGUCCACGGCCCAGAGAGCUGUCUGAAGCCUCUGCCUGGAACCAGACCCAGUCACGCCAGCCGCUCGUCGCCCCGCAGCACAGCGGGAGACGCGGGAUGCAGCAGCCCAGAGGCUGGGAUUUCGAGAUUUCAGGCUGAAGAUCAAAGGCAAGCGGAAAACCUCCCAGGCCUGGAGGAGGUAGCUGCGCCCAGAUCCUGUCCUGCCCAGUCCCCUCCCAGCAGCGCUCGGGGAGACGCAGAGCGGCGGGAAUGGGAUGUGCAUGCGAGGAGCUCCAGUACCAGCGGUGCGGUGGGAGCUGGCCCCAUGGAGACUGGCCAGGAGCGGGCAGCAGACUCGGCUAUUUCUGGGCCGGCAGAAGUCAUGGUAGGGAGCUCGCCCCUCCCCAAGCUCAACUGUUUGAAAGAGAUCACUGCCAACAGACCAACGCCUUCCUCGCUGCCUGCCCACACUGGGCAGGGAGACAGGACGCUGAGGAGAGCAGAGAGCAGGGGGAGGAAGCUGUCUGGGGAAGCAGACAGUACGGCCGAGACUGCCCAUCUCCCAGGGCUGGAGACUUGCUGGAGUGCAGUGCCUGAGAGCCAACGCAGUUGUGCGAGCACCCCCCUCGCUAUGUCCUCCAGCAGCAGCCCACGUGGGGCCAGGGGGGAGAGGAGCCCACAGCCAGGGCUUUGCAGGCUGCACAGAGAAGAAGGGAUGCCAGUGGACGCCCCUCGCUAUGGCCCCGCAACCUGCCCACAAGGAACCCAUGGAAACGGGCCCAGUUGUUCCAGCACGCCGAGCAGUACCUCGCCUGCCUGCGAUGCCCCAGGCCACAGGCACGCUAGAAGACCCAGGACAGGGAUUAAGAGACCACACACUGAAGCCAGGACAGAUGCUGCCCGACCACCCAGCACCAGCUCCUGUACUGAUGGUGAGGACGGUGGACAAAAGGCAGAUGCCACAUGGGAGGAAUUUCCGAAGAGACAAUGCUCCCACGCAGCGCCACCUCCGUGGGAGUGCUGCGGCUGGGAGAGCGGGACGCCCCUGGACCUCGGGGUGGAGAGGAGCGCGGUCGAGGCCGUCCUCUCGGAGAAGCUGGACCGGGUCUCCCAGGAUUUCGCGGCCAUGUGCAGGGACGUGUCGAGCAUGCAGAGCCGCGUGGCCCAGCUGGAGCGGGACUCAAGGGGCUGGGCCCUCGAGCUGGCUGCCCUCCAGCAAGGCAACAAGCGCCUGAGUGAGACCGUCCGGCGGCUGGAGAGCCGCUGCCACGUACUGGAGAGCCACGCCCGCCGCAACAGCCUGCGGCUGGCGGGCCUGCCGGAGGGGGCGGAAGGGGGAGACCCCGUCGCCUUCCUGCAGAGGACCCUGCCCGCGGUGCUCAACCUGCCGGCGGACUGGCCGCCCCUGGAGAUCGAGAGCGCGCGCCGCGUGCCCGGGGGGGCGCGCUGGGACCCUGCCACCCGGCCCCGGGCGCUGGUCUUCCGUCUGCUGCGCUUCUCCGACAAGCUGGCCAUCAUGCGGGCGGUCAGGAAACACGCGGAGCCCCUGACCUGUGGCAGCACCCGGGUCGCCCUCUUCCCGGACGUCAGCCCCAAGCUGCGCCGGGGAGCGGGGGCGCGGUACGCGGCCGUCAGGAGGCUGUGGCGGGCGGCGGAGCUCCGCUUGGGUGCUCAGCCCGCCGGCUGCUGCCACAGCCGGGCACGAGGACACUGGGAGCCACUGCCCAGCCCCCCGGGCCGCGCGCCCGCUGCAGGCAAACGGGAGCAGAGUCACCAAAGGGCAGUGACAGAGAGGGGGGACUUGGAGCCGCUGGCUCCGCUCACCCCCCUUUGAGUCACAGGGUCCAUCUCCCUGCCCUAGAGACCACAGCACCCCCUGGGUCCGGACUGGACCUCUCCCGCCUCCAGCUCUUUGUUUCCCUGACUGUCGCUAGGUCCCAGCACUUGGCUGUGUGAUUCCACCGUGUCCGUGUUUUCCCCGCCACGGUGUGCACCUGCUCUGCUCAGCUCGCAGGCGGGGGGCUCCGGGAACUGCAGAGCAAUAGACUCGGCCGUUAUUGGGGCCGGCCCUGCGGGGAGCCCCUGUAUUGUAACAAGUGAGAUAGCAUCAGAGCCGCGUGUUAGCGAGCUGCUCAGGGAGCCCUUCAGGGGCUAGGCAGUCUGCGGGGGGGGGCUCUGGGCAGGGGUCCAGGGUAGGGUCAGGCACUCGGGUUUGCUUUGCUCCCCCUGACAAUUGCUCCUGGCCGGCUGGGGAGAAAUUUGACAUUUCCCCUUUUUUCCCCUGUCCGUCGGCACUGCCCAAGCUGGUGUCUUUUCCGUCCAGCUUCCAGCCGCCCCCCGACCCUGGGGGAGUCGCGCUCACUGCUAGGUCUCGGCAGCAGUUUCACAGGGAAGAGCCUUCAGGGACCCAGCCAGGGCAGAAACCUUCCUGGUGGGAGGCAUCACUCACAGGGACGUUGUCAGAGUAUGGGCACCGCCACGUGCUCCAGUCCCCGUCGGCACUGCCCGCGCCCAGGAGGCGCUGAGGUUAAAGGCUGUCAUGGGCUUGCUGGGCUGGUCCUUUCCCCGGUUGUAUAUCGGCUUCCACUGGCUGGAUCCACCACCCACAGACUUAUGCUUAUUCCCCAUUGCCUCAGCCCUCUGUUUUGCUGCCCAAACUCUCCUCUGCAACUCCCCAGGCAGCUCCCGGCACUCUGGAGAGUUUCUGGUUUUGGGGCACAAGGAGAAGCUGCCAGAUUUGGAGCCCUCUGCACCCGAACAGGUCCCGCCCCCCACGUGCGUGAGCCCGGAACAGCUCCCGCCACCCCCACGUGUAUGAGCCCUGCCUUGGAGGGACCAUCUCUGAGCCCAGAGGGAAGUUCAUUCUCCUUCCUCCCUACCCCAGCCAAGACUACAAACAAAGGGACCGAAGGCUCAAUCCUGCCAGGUGCUGAGCGCUCCAGCCCUGCUGUAGCGAAGCAUAUUAGCUUGUGCUUAGCUUUAAGCCCCUGAGUAACCCCUCUGAAAUAGGUGCUUUCCUGGAUUGAGGUCAGAGCGCUCAGCGCUGCAGGAUCAAGCCCUGCAUGGGGGCUGUGUGAUAAUUACACCCACCCACUCCGUACCCAGCUGCACCCGCCAACUCUCCCAGCAGCCAUCAGUGCGCGAUCGGAGCUGGAUUUGACCUGGAGACCUGCAGUGAAAGGCUCCUGCGCCCGUAACUAGGUCCCGUUACCUAACUCACACCAAUCUCAUCUCAGUAGGCCCCGAUCACUUCAGUGUCCAAGUGCCGAUCUCCAUCAGACAGGUUCUUUAUCACACGUAUUCCUAGGCUGUCCUGUCUGUGCAGCACCAUCCUGCGUGUAAAGCACAGGGUGAGCAGUGAGGCUGAAUGCGAACUGGAGCUAGGCAGGACUACGGUAGAGAAUGUGCCAUGUAUCGGGCCAGGCAGCCCCGUGAGUGGUGCCUGGACAAUCCCAGCAUUUUAAGAGUUAAUUAGUCCAAUGAAUCGUCCUGUUUGCUGAAUGGAAGUGACAGGUGCCUCCCUGGAUAGGUAUUCAUCAAGUUCCCUAAGCUGGCCCCAUGUCUCAGCCACAAUUUACUGCAGCUGGAAUUUCUUUGUCUUCAAGACGCCCUCUGCCUAUUCCCACUGGGCAGCUCAAAGACCUCUGGUUACAGGGGAGUCACCUUCCGGUACCCACACCUGCUGCUUGAGUUUUCCCCCACCCCCAGCUCCGCCAGUGCAUUGCACUGGGGCCUGCUUUUCUGGGGUGCAAAGCAGGAGAGUUCUGACCCUGCUGGCUCCCCUGUCGCUCUCAGGUUUGCUCUAACUUGGAGGCCCUACUCAGUAGCCACAGGGCACUGGGGGCCUGAUUCUGAGCUCUUACCUGUGAAAUCGGGAGUGACUCCGCCGUCGGGGGUGGAGCCGUGCCGGAAUCGGGAGUGACUCCGCCAUCGGGGUGGAGCUGUGCUGGAAUCGGGCGCUUCGUGGCACAGGUUCCCUUCUGUUGACAGCAUGGUGUUUGUGAGAUCCGUUCCUGCUGCCAGCGUGGGCGGCACGUGGCUCUCCUGAUUUCCCUGUGUUUCUGUGCUCACGGCACAGUUGGACUGUAUUAAAACACUGAUUUGUAACCUG